AUGUCUGUCAACUCCGUCUACCUAGUCAUCCAUUCCCACUCACGUUCCAAAGACAAACCCUCAUUCCGCGUCGCCUCCGCCGAACUACCUAAGAUCCCUUCUCAGUGGACCGGCCACGAUCGCAUCCAAUAUGAAUACACUGGUGUCGGCGUCACCAUGUCCGGUACCACGCUCGCUGAAAAAUGGUACAUCGAACUAGAGUACCCCAGAAAUCCGGAGCAAUAUCUCGAGAUCGUCGCGUGGUUCAACGAUCUAGAAGCAGCGGACAAGAAACUGGCUGAUCGCGUGUUGCAAGGCUGUAACCCCGAUGCAGACACGGACGAAGAGGGUGAUACGGGGAAAAAGAAGGUAAACGCGAUUUGGACAGAUUCCUUGGACGGCAACACAACAGCAUUCUAUCGCAUCGAUUCAAGGCAGGAAAACCUCGACGGCACAUUCUCGCAAGCCAUGCGAUCGCACUGGUGGGAAGUCAUACGCGUCGAUCUCGAACAGCCAGACGUAUACAGCGCGAAAUGGAAUGAGAAAGACCGGUCAACCUACUUGGAGACUUCGGAAAGGAUCAACUCCCUUUUGACUUUGAAGAGAGUCAAGGGGUUGAGUGAGCAAGAGGUGGAGGAGUUGGACGGGCUACAGAAGGGAUUGGGUUGGGUGGGUAUCAAGAGAGUUAAGUCGCACGAUUGGACUGGUGGGUAUGUCAAGCGGAGCGAGGAGGACAGCGAUGGAGUUAAGGAGUAUCUCGAGAACGAGAAGGUGCAAUACAGUAGUGAGGAUGAGGAGGAUCUGAGGGUGAGGAAGAAGGAACCAGGCUACGGGAAGCUGGACGUGAAGGAUCGUGAGGUCAUGGGGGACAAUGUAUGGGGCGACAAGAUGUAG